AUGUGUGAUAACGGAGACCCUGAGGAUAAACCCCCUGCCCCUCCAGUCAGAAUGAGCAGCACCAUCUUCAGUACUGGCUCUGGCAAAGACUCGCUCUCAGUCAAUCACAGCUCCAAACCACUACCUUCUGUCCCAGAGGAGAGGAAACCCCGCAACAAGAUCAUCUCAAUCUUUGCUUCUGAUAAAGGUGGUAGAAAGAAAGACCGAGAUAAAGAGCGACCAGAGAUCUCACCACCAUCAGAUUUUGAGCACACCAUCCAUGUUGGUUUUGAUGCUGUCACAGGAGAGUUCACUGGUAUGCCAGAGCAAUGGGCUCGACUACUCCAAACCUCAAACAUCACCAAGUCAGAGCAGAAGAAAAACCCACAGGCUGUUCUCGAUGUUCUUAAGUUCUAUGACUCUACAGGCAACGGUCGUCAGAAGUACCUCAGCUUCUCUUCGUCUGAAAAAGAUGCAUUCACUCCAGGGCCUCAGUCGCCGGCCAAAAAGGGCACUGAACCGUCAUCACCUAAUAUCAAAGACAUUGAUGAUGAUGAUGAUGAUGAGACACCGCCUCCCGUUGUAGCACCGCGACCGGAACACACUAAGAGUGUGUAUACUCGAUCUGUUAUUGACCCCAUCCCUGCUCCAGUCACCUGUCCAGACGGAGACGCUGCCUCCAAGGCUGUAGACAGACAGAAGAAGAAGGGCAAAAUGUCUGAUGAGGAGAUCAUGGACAAACUGAGAACCAUAGUCAGCAUUGGAGAUCCCAAAAAGAAGUACACCAGAUAUGAGAAAAUUGGCCAGGGGGCUUCGGGAACAGUAUUUACAGCCAUUGAUGUUGCCACGGGACAGGAGGUUGCCAUUAAACAGAUCAACCUACAAAAGCAGCCGAAGAAGGAGCUGAUCAUCAAUGAGAUUCUAGUGAUGAAGGAGCUGAAGAACCCCAACAUUGUCAACUUUUUAGACAGUUUCCUGAUGGGGGAAGAGCUGUUCGUGGUGAUGGAGUACCUGGCUGGUGGCUCCCUGACAGACGUGGUGACAGAGACUUGUAUGGAUGAGGCCCAGAUAGCUGCUGUCUGCAGAGAGUGUUUACAAGCACUGGAGUUCCUGCAUGCGAACCAGGUCAUCCACAGAGACAUUAAAAGUGACAACGUGUUACUGGGGAUGGAUGGCUCCGUGAAGCUCACCGAUUUUGGCUUCUGUGCCCAGAUCACUCCAGAGCAGAGCAAGCGCAGCACCAUGGUGGGCACGCCAUAUUGGAUGGCUCCCGAGGUGGUGACCAGAAAGGCGUAUGGGCCUAAAGUAGACAUUUGGUCCUUGGGUAUCAUGGCCAUUGAGAUGGUUGAAGGAGAGCCUCCUUACCUGAACGAGAACCCACUACGAGCAUUAUACCUGAUUGCCACCAAUGGCACCCCUGAACUUCAGAACCCAGAGAAGCUAUCUCCUGUCUUCAGAGACUUCCUCAAUCGUUGCCUGGAAAUGGAUGUAGAGAAAAGAGGCACAGGCAAAGACCUGCUGCAGCAUCCUUUCCUGAAGCUGGCAAAGCCCCUCUCCAGUCUCACACCUCUCAUCCUGGCAGCCAAGGAGGCCAUGAAGGGCAAUCGUUAGUCAAACAAACAAACAAACUACCCUGCCUUCCCAUGCUGUGCACAGAUCUGUGCCAACGAUUUAGGUUUUGUGCCAGACAAUAGGCUGAGAGUGGCCUCCCCGCUCUUGAUGCACCAGCCUUGUAAGCCCUGACAAACCUCACUGUGAAGAAGACCAAAAAUAUAGAGCACAACCCCACCGCUGUCCAUAUGAACUCUAUUCUCACUCAGACGUCAGAAGACAAGUCAAACGUAAGUGCUUAGUUUCAGGGUCAGGCUUAGAUAUUUUGUACAACAAAACUUUUUGGUGUCAAGUUAGGGCUAGGCUUAUAUUUAACUUGGAAUGAAGAAGAUGCCUAGUUCGAUGUAGUUUUUUUUUUUUUUUUUUUUAAAUCAACUGCCUUAAACAAAUGCAAAAUGUUGCCUAAUGUAUUGUUGAUUGUGUCAAUGUUUCUUUUCCCGUGAUUUUUACUACCUUUGUAAUUUACUUUUUUCAGCUUGUCAGUGUCUUAGUUCUUUUGAUACUUGAAUUUCAUACGUGUCCCCCUUGUUAUUAUAUAAUGGGUCUCAUUCAAUGAAAACUCUUGUUAUUCCCACAUUGACCCCCGUUUUACAGAGAUUUCUCUUUAUCUGUUAUAGGAAACACUUUCAGUACAUUCAUCACCUUUAACUUUAUGUAUUGUGAUCAUGACGAUAACGUUAAAGGAUUGCCACACCUACUGUACCAGUGUUUUACCCUGUGUCAUUAGUCUAUUGAUAGCAGAGGUGCACCUUACAGGCAAAUUAAAUGUUAGAUUGACAGGGUUUAUACUUUCUUCUCUAUUGUUCUUAUUAAAAGUGAGUAUUGUAUGUUGAACUCUGUCCUUUGUGUUAUUCUGGACCGUAGCUAAACAAAUGCGCUUUCCUCAUGUGUAUAUUGUGUACUUUAAGAUUAGCCGUAAAAAGAGUGGUUAUAUCGUACUGGUUAGCUGUCGAAGGCUGUAGGUAAAGGCAAUGUAUAUUGACUGUUUCUUUUUCUUUCUGGACAACUAACAACCUUGUCUGCGCACUCAAAUAAAUGCAGCUAUUCUUGCCUUUGUGA